CAUCUUGGGGCCGGGGGAACCCAGCAGGCGGCUGGGUUCCCCAGCCCGUCCUGUCCCGCCUCGUCCCGCCGGGGGCGGGCAGGGCUGUCCCCGCGGCGGGGCCGGGGGGUGCGGAGCCCAGCGAGGCCCCGUGGCUGCUCCCCGGGCCCGGCGGGGAGGGGUGAGAGGAGGAGCCAGGGCGGCCCGUGCGACAAAGCCCAGUGCGCAGGGAGCUGGUGACCGGGAAGCAGAACCGCGCUGGGCAGAACUGCGGGGCGGGCGGACCCACCGGAGCCCGCUGCCCCACGGGGGGUGGGAGGCCCGUCCUGCCGCCCCCCCGGCUCAGGGGUCGGGGCGGCUGCGGAGCGGAGCGGGAGGCGGCCGGGUUGCAGCUGCUAAGCUGCUUAGGGCCGGGGCUGGCAUGAGCCUCCCCGGCGGGGCGGCUGCGGGCUGCGCGCUGCGGCGGGGAGGCUGAGGGCGCGGAUCCGGAGCGGGAGGAGGCGGAGGGGGGGGCCGCGCUCCCCCCGGGAAGAUGGGGAACUGCCUCAAGUCCCCCACCUCGGAUGACAUCUCGCUGCUCCACGAGUCCCAGUCGGACAGAGCUAGCUACGGAGACGGGGCUGAGCCGGAUCAGGAGCCGCCGCCGCCAUAUCAGGAGCAGGUGCCCGUUCCUGUGUAUCACCCCACGCCGAGCCAGACUCGCCUGGCCACGCAGCUGACGGAGGAGGAGCAGAUCCGGAUAGCGCAGCGCAUCGGCCUCAUCCAGCACCUUCCCAAAGGAGUCUACGACCCCGGCAGAGACGGCUCCGAGAAGAAGAUCCGAGAAUGUGUCAUUUGUAUGAUGGACUUUGUUUAUGGGGACCCUAUCCGAUUUCUGCCGUGCAUGCACAUUUACCACCUGGACUGUAUAGAUGACUGGUUGAUGAGAUCCUUCACCUGUCCAUCCUGCAUGGAGCCAGUGGAUGCAGCACUGCUUUCAUCAUAUGAGACUAACUGAGCCAGGGUUUCUCUACUGAACCUUCGAGGAGACCAUCCACUUCAAUGGGUUUGAUCCUUUUGUCAUUCAGCCCAAAGAGCCAGGAAUUAGGAAUUAAGAUCAUGCACAAAGUAUACAUUUCCUAAUAAAUAAAUAAAAAAAUAUUCCUGAAUGGCUGCAAAUAUUGGAAAACAUAGUAUUUUAGAGACUAUAGAAAAGUAGGUUGUUAUUUUUAAUGUAAAGCCUUGACCCACCAUUGUCUUUUAAUGUUUGUUCUUACACCCAUAUAUAGGAAUUGUGUAAAGUGUUACAGCAACUGUAAAUGUUUAAACUGCGUGUAUCCAAUUUUAUUAGCAGCAAGAUAAGAGUAUUUUUUUCCUAAAUAAAGUAACCAGUUUUGUUCUGAUUCUUUUCACAAGUCCUGGCAUUUGGGUCAAGGCUUUAUUGAAAUCUACAUUUUAUAACACUGGCACAAAGAAAUAGUUUUAAGCUUGUUUGCACAGUUCUUUUUCUUUUUCUUUUUUUUUUUUUUUCCAUUGGAGAUGGAAUUCAUUGCCUUAGGUCUUUUUAAUAGUGUAUUGUUAUUGUUGGGCUGGCUCUAUGCUUGAAAACCAGUUUAUUUAUAACCUGUUAAAAGUGCUAUAUUUUGUUUGCAGUUAGGAAUAUGCAGACUUCAAAGUGAUCUCCUAGCUUAUAAGCAAACUGAGAUGCAUUAUCCCUUUUCUACAAGUGAUACAGAUUAUGAAGAUAUGACACAAGUCCUGCAGUGAAACUGUGGUUUCAUGGGGUUUUUUUAUAACUUCCUUUGGUUUCAAUGAAAUAACAGUCCUUAAACUUUAAUAUGUGACUUUUAACUUGAUCAGAUUAAAAGUGGGCCAGAUGAACAAUAAAUAGUUAAGCUGCCAUAACUGAAAAAAAAAAAUAUUUGGAACUAAUGUAGUGUUAGUAGCAUUGAUCACUUAUUCUAUUUUUUUCUCCCUUAAAUGGUUGUCUUGGAUAAUAGCAAAUGGAUACUGCAUCUCUCGUUCUUGUAGUUCUUAGGUUAUCAGAAGUUAAGAAUAAACAUACUGUAUCUCA